AUGGUAGGCUUUCAGAGAAGGGGAUUGGGUACUCUGCGACUUCUGCUCUCGCUUCUGCUCCUGGCAUACUGGGAGACCGGGAGCGGCCAGCUCCAUUACUCCGUCCCCGAGGAGGCCAAACACGGCACCUUCGUGGGCCGCAUCGCGCAGGACCUGGGGCUGGAGCUGACGGAGCUGGUGCCGCGCCUGUUCCGGGUGGCGUCCAAGGGCCGCGGGGACCUUCUGGAGGUAAAUCUGCAGAAUGGCAUUUUGUUUGUGAAUGGUCGGAUCGACCGGGAGGAGCUGUGCAGGCGCAGCGCGGAGUGCAGCCUGCACCUGGAGGUGAUCGUGGACAGGCCGCUGCAGGUGUUCCACGUAGAGGUGGAGGUGAAGGACAUUAACGACAACCCGCCGGUCUUCUCUCUCAAAGAACAAAAGCUGCUGAUUUAUGAAUCUAAGCAACCCGAGUCCCGCUUUCCGCUAGAGGGCGCGUCUGAUGCGGAUAUAGAAGAGAACGCGGUGCUGGCCUACAGACUGAGUCAAAAUGAGUAUUUUUCUCUGGAGUCACCAACAAAUAGUAAGCAGACGAAAAGACUGUCCCUUGUAUUAAAAAAGUCUUUGGAUAGAGAAAAAAUCCCGGAAUUUAAUUUGCUACUGACAGCUACCGAUGGAGGAAAACCGGAACUGACAGGCACAGUUCAGCUGUUUGUUCAAGUCUUGGAUGUUAACGACAAUGAUCCGGAAUUUGAUCAGUUAGAAUAUAGAGUAAAGCUGAUGGAAAACAUUCCAGAAGAAACUCUUGUGAUAAAGCUGAACGCCACGGAUAGAGAUGAAGGAGUAAACCGCGAGGUAACCUACUCCUUGUUAUCCAUCAAACCCAAUGGAAGACACUUAUUUACACUAGAUGAAAAUAAUGGAGAAAUGAGGGUCAAUGGAUCUUUAGAUUAUGAAGAAAAUAAGUUUUAUGAAAUUGAAGUGCAAGCCACAGAUAAGGGGACUCCCCCAAUGGCCGGUCACUGUACCGUUUGGAUAGAAAUCUUAGACACUAAUGAUAAUUCCCCUAAAAUCAUCGUGAAUUCUCUGUCCUUCUCAGUCCCUGAGGAUGCUCAGCCCAGCACCGUGAUUGCCUUGAUUAGCGUGUCCGACCUUGACUCUGGGGUCAAUGGGCAGGUGACCUGCUCCCUGACUCCUGCCACACCCUUCAAGCUGGUGUCCACCUUCAAAAAUUAUUAUUCGUUAGUCCUGGACAGCGCCCUGGACCGAGAGACCACCUCUGACUAUGAGUUGGUGGUGACCGCGCGUGACGGGGGCUCGCCUCCGCUGUGGGCCACCGGCGCGUGCGCGCCUGGGAAGCCUGUGCUGGUGUGCUCCAGCGCGGUGGGGAGUUUGACUUACUCCCAGCAGAGGAGGCAGAGGGUGUGCUCAGCAGUGGUUCCAUCCAAUACGGAUCUCAUGGCCUUUAGCCCGAGUCUGACUCCCAAUUUGGAUAGAGAAGAUGAAAGGGAGAGACAAGAGUCAGGAUGUAACCACCUUGGACAGUUAAAGAAUAGCUUCAAUCAGGCAUAUUUCAAAGAUUAG